AUGUCUUUCCUUUCUCGGUUUGCUUGGCGGGCUUGGAAGCCACAAUCCAUUCCUCUCUUUGGUGUUAUGAGAUUCCAUUGGAAUCGUAAUUUACCAGCACUUCAUGCUCACAUGCCAUCUUCUUCCCCAUUUCCAUCUUUAAAUUCUCGACUUCCUCUCAUUCCUACCCAUGGUUUCAAAACAAAGGCUUCAGUGAAAAAACGUUGUUCCAGCUGUUAUAUGGAUUCCAUUACUUCUACGUAUCCCUCAGCUUCUUUGAAUAAUUAUUAUUAG